AUGUCAGACUCGGCAGUCCUCUACCCAGCGGAGACGAAUAGUGGCACUGUCACAUCUUAUGUCCCGCUAACAACGACAUGGACACCGUCCCCGGAAUGUUUCACCAAAUAUCGUCUCGAUGGCCCGAGCUUGAUGGCGUUCGACCCCGCAUACGGGCUCGAUGUUGAAACUGGUGUACUUUGUGGACCCCCAGCCAUGACAACAUGGUGGGAGCAAGGGCUUCUAGGUGACCAUGGCUCGUACGCGACACGAAUUAGCAUCGGACCAAUGUCAUGUCCCGACAAUUGGUCCACACUUGCCUCUUCCACGAAAGAUUCGUCCAGUGUUUUGGAGAUGUGCUGUCCAUCAGGUUUCUAUCUUGGAGAUGCUGUUCCUGGUUCUGUUGCUGGGAACUGCCUGUCGAAAGUUUCCUCGGGCAUGACUCUUACUUACGGAUCCACUGCAAAUGAUGACUCGAGCUCGUGGUCCAUGGCUACAACAACCAUGACCUCCAGCUCGACAGUCGGUGCAAUUGGCAUUGUGGGUUGGAACAUCAAAUACCCUUCAACUGCUACCGCUACUUCUACGACCUCGGCAACAACCACAACCCCUUCAACAUCGGUUACUUCUCAAAAUUCCAACUCAAGCUCUCCCAGUAGCCUAGAUACAGGAGCAAAAAUCGGAAUCGGCGUCGGAAUCGGCGUGGGUGCGAUAGGUGUGAUCGCAUUGCUGACUGCCUUGUACCUCUUCCGUCGGCGGAAGCAGCGAACAGCAGCUGAGCCUGAUCAAAGUCUGUCUCAUUACUACUCCCAACCUCCGGCUAUGUCCGUACACCAGGCACGGUACCAGCCACAAUACCCCGCAGAGUUGGAUGCGCCUAAGCUACUUCCUGUUCAACCGGCAGAGCUCUCGUCGAGAAAUUAG